AAAAGUAGCAGAAAGAACAGAGGCCAGCGUUGAGAGCACAGUGAAAGAUGUGGAGUUUGUUGAUGGAUUCCAGAGAGUUUCACCCUCAGAAUCUUAUUUAUUUCUCAACACAAAGACUGAUGAUGAGAGAAAAGUGCUCGUCCUGAGCAUGGACAACUCUAAAGGGAAAAAGUCAGAAAUCAUCAAAUCCCUGCAGGCUUCAAGUAUACGAUGCUGCAGUGAUAAAGUUUGUCCAGUGCUCGUCGCCUGCACCGUUAUUCCCUCAGUGAACGGUGUUAUUUGGGCAGGUGUGUUCAGGCCACAGAAUCAGGAUCCGGAGAACAGCGCGCUGGCUCUGUACGACAUCAGUAAUGUUCGAGGCCAAGUGAAGGGUUUCUGCGCUUACGAUGAAAAGCAAUGUGGUUCUGAGAGUGGUGGUGAACUUCAGCCGCUCUCUGUGGUGUUCAAGUACAGCUCAAUGUCAGCAGUGGCAGCAAUGAGGAUUGAAUCCUGGAUUGUGCUGUUCAUAGGAACCAGUUAUGGACAACUCAUAAAACUUGUUUUGGAUGAGAAAUUCAGACAAGUCUGUCCAACAGUGCUGUUCAAAUCUGAUGAUGAACGAGCAGUGUUUACCAAAAUGCACUUUGAUCCAGUAGAUUUCAAACACAUCUACAUUGCUCUGAAGAAACAGCUAAGAAGAGUGUCCGUUAUUCAGUGUGCUAAAUACAGCACUCUGAAAGACUGCAGAGCUGCUCGAGAUCCUGUCUGUGGCUGGUGUGUGAACACUCACAGAUGUUCUACUCAAGAUGAAUGCUCAAAUACUUCAUGGGUGUCCAUCCCAAAAAACUCUCUUGAGACACAGCUGUUUUCUUUUCAGAUGACAGAGAAUUAUUCAAGAAAGGCAGACAUCAAUAUCUAAAACAAUUAUU